AUGUCAUACUGCAAAACGAAGUAUCACGGGUUGGUAUCACUCAAAAUAGAGGAUGACACCUCAUCAGCUAAAGCAAACAAGCAGGCUCAAGUGUCAGUAAUUAGCCAAGCACAACCACAGAUAAAUGUCUCCUCCAGGAAGACAGAAAUCCCACAAGCUGAUAAGGCAGAACUGGCAUCUGAACCAAGCUCAAGACAUCAGGACUUUCACUCUUUUCCAAAGGCCUGUACACCAGAUUUAAAGGGGCUCUUGCAUUAUGAAGAAAGCACUCAAAAGUUAUUUCAGUGUGAUGGGAUAAUAUGGAAAUUCUGGAAUUCCCAAAGCAAGGAGGCAAGCACGAACAAAUGUCCCUCUGAGUGGCGUCAUCACGGGGGCAGCUGCUACCUCCUGGUAGUGAAUCACAAGGUCACCUGGAACACUGCCGCUCGGGCUUGCAGAGAACAAUACCUGGGGAGUCUAGCAAGUGUGGCUAAUGAACAACACAUGCAGUGGCUGUGGGACUUCAGCGGGAGGAAGCCCUUUUGGAUAGGCUUGAAUGACCAAGUCAAUCCUGGACUUUGGGAGUGGAAUGGAGGAGAACCUGUAACCUAUGUAAACUGGAGAAGAGGCUCCUACCACUUUCCAAAGAGAGGAAGAAAUUGUGUGUUGGUGCAGAAGCGAGGAAAAUGGCAAGCAACUGACUGCACGAAGGUCAAACGGAAUGGCUAUAUAUGUUCAAGAAAGCUGUAAAGAAUGGAGGAUCCCUGUGAAAGCAUGUGGACAUACACGUUGUUUCAGUUUUAUUUAUCUGUAGACAUGUGAGGCUAUGCAGUUAGAAAAGCGUCCUAAUUAUCAGCAAAGUUUAUUUUACAUGCUGCCAGAGGUGCAGAUGCAUUGGAGUCUACCCAACGAAUAGAGGUCAGUUGCAAAGAGUAAGUCCAGGUUAAGGUUUUGAACU